AUGCAAAGUAGUGCUGCACCGAUUCUUUCACCAUCGCACAGGCUCGCCUCGCUGUCGAGUGGCUCCGCGGUUGUCGUUGAAGGGACGCAGCCGCAUGUCUUCUGCUUGUCGCCACAGGCAUCCACGGUAGAGAGUGCCGUACGCGGCUCGCACGCAACGUGCGGUGCCGGCCGCACCUUUCGCCCCCUGGAGCCACCAGCGAAGGCUCUGGGCAAAGAGGAGUUUACAGCUCGAUGCAGGGACACCUGUGAUGCUCUCGCUCGCAUACCGGCCACCGUCACACCGGCUGGCGUCUUUGAGGAGUGCGACCAGCUUGCCUGCAGCACCACCGCGCACUUCACGGACGAGGCGCUUCUCGACGCAUUGCCGCCGCACUUUUUUUCUUCAGCUGAGCUGCUGACCUCGUCGCACCUGGCGGAUCUGCUCUCACACGCGCAAGAAAGCUGCGCUGCUGCUACUCCGAUGAGCAUGUCUGCGGGAAAGACCUCGACGAGCAACCACCCGCUGACGCCGUCGCCUCCGCCGCAUGCCCUCAGCAAUGCCGCUCCGCCUUUUGGAGCCGCCGUCCCCUCAGAUGCUGCGGUGCUGAACGUGUCGCAGCUGGCCUCCCUCGGUGUGCCGGUGCGAAGCGCGACAAGCAGGGACGCCGAUGAAGCAGAGGAUAAAGAAGCUCAUGACACCCUUGACUCAGGUGCGAUGCUACGAGUGCCGAUCCACGUGAUGCAGCAGACGAACAGCCCCACUGCAGCACACCAGGACGACCAACCUCACUUCACACCCGCUGAAGAGCACGACGGCGUGCGGGCUAACACGCGUGCGCGGACAUCCCCUACGCGAGACCCCAGCUCCUCCACUCUACCGCCGCAGUCCCUCGCAAAAGAGGAAGCCCGUGUCACGCUCGCUACGCCCAGCUUCGUCGCCUCUACAGCCCCGUGCACGCCAACGACACAGCUGCUCGUGGCGGACAGCGCAUGUGCGGGCCUACCACCGUCCAGCUCGCAGACACCUUUAUCUUCUCCCCCGCCACCUGAACCAGCGCCGACGCCUCGCCUUGACCCCGGCAUGAACGCAGCAACACCGGACGGCGAUCCUGCGGCCCCCGUGCCUUUCGAUGAGCUCUGCCGCCGCUGGAUGCGUCUUCUCGCCCGCACGGCGGUACCGCAUGAGCAGCCGCUCUGCAUCGACUGCUGGCGCAGUGCAUGUUUUGCCCCGCUGCAGCAGCGCACGCGACUCUCGCUAGAGAGCACGAAGACACUUGCUACGAUCAUCUCGAGCACGCCGGCUGAAAAGCUUCGUUUUUUCACUAUGUGCUACGCCGACCCGGCAGCGGCGCCGUUGCGAGGAGUCUUCGCCACCUCAGCCGGCUUGCGCCGAAGCGUUGAUGAGGUCGAGAAUGGGCAGGCAGUUGACUCGAUGGCCGCGGCUGAGAACCUCAGCAGGACGCUGCCGCUCAUGUCACUUGACGCGGUCGCCGCGAACCUGCUUGGUGUUAACGAAGAAGUCUUGCUAAGUUCGCUAGAGGCGCUCGCGGCGCCUCACGGAAGGCCUCUCCCACCAACGAGAGGGGCUGCCAAGGUACUGAGGCCUUUGCAGUGCGCCUCGGACGCGCCUUUCGAGCAACGUGGUGCUUCUCAGGCAGAAGGCGGCGACAAUGGUUCGGCCUUGUCGUCCUCCGCCUACGAUGCAGAGCAGAUGAUGGCAGAGUUGGAGAGACUGCGGGCCCAACAGGCGAGCCUGGACCGGCAAGUCGCCGUGCUGCGGGAUGUGCUGCACUCGCUGGAGUCCACGACCCACCCUCACACCAAUGGCGGGGAACGGUUCCGUGACCCCGUCGCUGCGCCACCGUCAGCGGUGGCGCCACCGGGAUGGCAGGAGCUCGCGGUGGCGCACAACAUACGCGAGGUGCAGCGCGCCUUUACCCUCGGCGAUGAGGCAGCAGAGCGGCAGCACGCCAUGGAUGACCUCGGGAAAAGCUUCGCCUACGUAUCCUCCACGCCGAUCGAUGCCCUCUGCUUCCCGAUCGACGUCUCUGGCCCCGUCGGGCUCAUUGCAGGACUGCGGCUGGGGCUUGUCCCACCGUACUCUGGAUCCAGCACCGGCCGCACCGGCUCCGGUGACGGCGACGUACGCGGCGGCGGCGCCUCAGUAGCAUCCGCGACGUCUGCGCUACCGCCGCUUGCCCAUGCGGCCGUGUCUGUGUCCGAGGAGAGCAUGCACCGCGACGGUUUUGUGCAACGCCAGCUGAGCUACGCCCAGCUCCUGCUCAGCGGCAACACGAGUGCCGACGUCGACGGCCACAACGACGCCGUUGCGAAGAGAAGCAGCGAGAGCAGCAGGGGCGUGAAUGGGAGUCUGUCACGUGGCGAUGCGGCGCCAACGGCAGUAACGGCCUCCUCCACCUCGGCAUCGACCGCCGCAGCGAAGGUGACCACGCGCGUGUCGCCGCUGGAGGUGAAUGCAGCGUGCGGUUAUCUGCUGCUGCUGCUAAACUACCUGGCACACGUGAACGGCUUCUCGUUUCGCACGGCCGUGCUGCGGCCUGCCGGGAAUCGAAGCACGGUAGCACUGCUGAAGCGCGUACCGGCCUCUGCCAGCGGUGCGAAACGCCGCGGUAGUGCUGCCGCGGCGACGAGGUCCUCGGCCUUCUCUCCUUUUAUAUUCAGCUACUUUACCGGAAGAGGUGCCACUGUCACGCAGGCCAGCGGCGACGCGAAGUCGGCGAGAGCGACGACGAGGUCCUCCUUCGCACAUGUGGUGGACCACGAAGUCGACUUCUACCUCACCGACCGCCUGCUGGCGUGGCGGACGUUCGGCGCCGCCUGCGUGGCGGUGGCCACGUGUGUGAAGGAGCUGGCGGAUGCGCUGCAUGAGAGUCUGCGCUGUUGGCGGGUGCGGGAGAACAUGGUGUGCCGACCUGCACCAUCGGCGGCGCCAGCUGCACCUUCCGGUACGGUAAAGGGCACAGCGGAUGCCUCCGGCUUCGAGACAGCACCCGCGGCCGCGGCGGAUGCGGGAAGUCACGAAAGCGGGAGCGGCGCCGAAGGUGCGCAAGCCCGCACAGAUGUUUCCGUUGCCUGCAAACAGGCACCGGCACCUGUGGCGUUGCCCCAACUCUUGCGAAACUUGGCCAGCACCAACGAUCAUCUGAUCAGCGCAGAGAGUGCACGGAGCAGCAGUGCGCCUCAGGGGAGCGCGGCCGCUCUCGACACACCGGGGAGCCUGGGUACGACGCCAGCGGAACGCGGCAACGGUUUGAGGAAGUCCGCGAGCACGUCGUCCCGUCCGCAGCCACCGCAAGAGGUAGAGUCUGAGCAACGCCGCAGCUCCCCAGCAGCCGGAGGGAGGUUCCCGCUCCAGCCUCCCUUUCGAACGCGCGGCGACACCGUGGACGGCUUCUCUGUUCGUCACGGCAGCGUCUCAGAGGCGAUUUGGACCCUCGGCAUGAAGAAGCUCCUCGCGAAUGUGCAGUGGUGCAUGGAGGCGACGGUGGAGCUGGAACGGCUGUACGCCGUCACCGGGGAGGCGGCCAGUGAUGGCGCCGACGAGCAGGUGAGUGAGGAUGACGGAGAGGUCGCUGGGCAGGUGGGCACCAUCACCGGCAUGCGAAGAGAAUAG